CAGGAACCCUGGUGCUUCUCCUCGCCUGGUGCUGCCCCUCGGGGUUUUCACUGUGAUGAUUGUACCUAGCUUUAUCUUGCGUUAUUUUGUAUCCUGACGUCGUGAGUCUGCUGCGUCGACGGAAAGACUCAAUUCCGCCGCGCUAUCCCUCCAAUCACUGUUUCCACUCUUCUCCUACUGUAGGAGAAGGAUACUAUCUUAUCGGAUCGGAGUGGAAGGAAGAAAUGUCGUCCAAUCCUAGCCAGAACUCAACCCCUUCGAAAGCAAUCAACAUCGCAAAUCAGUGCGGAUCUACGACAUACCACUCCACUUCCUCGAUUGAUAUCAGUUCUCAACGACGCGCGGGAGGCUCUGGUAGUUUCGGAGCAGGCUUAACAUCGAGGAAUACAAACACUCCGAGAAAUAACCAGUCCCGAAAAAGCCAACACAAGCGACAAAGGCGCCCUGGGUUACUGGAUGAUGAAGAGUACAGCGAGUCUGCCAUCAUGAGAUCGACAAACAGCCGAAAGGGACAAACGUCCAUCACUCAUCUGAUGAAUUUCUCCCUCCCCCCUCGUCCUCAGUAUCAGCCCCCGCCACGGAAUAUUCGUCGAUAUGCGUCAUGGGGUUUGGGGUCCGGACACCAUGCCAUGGACAAAGCUCGUUACGUCCAUGCGAAUUACCGGUUUAUCGUGACAUCAAAUCGAGCCUACCAUGCACAAGCAGCCAAUGCUGACGUCCACCUAGACUGGGAAUCUGUACUUCAGGUUUUGGUUUCGGCUCAGACUCAGUCCGCCAGCUGUCCAAUCUGCUUAUCUACUCCAGUAGCGCCUCGAAUGGCUCGUUGCGGUCAUAUAUUUUGCCUUCCCUGCCUUAUCAGAUAUAUGCACUCAUCCGAUGAAGACAGUCUGCUGCCUGAGAAGAAGCCACGAUGGAAAAAAUGCCCUAUCUGUUGGGACACGAUAUAUAUAAUAGAAACACGCCCCGUACGAUGGUUUCGUGGUCAAGAGGGUGACCUGCCUUUUGAGGGUGGUGACGUUGUUUUGAGGCUCGUGAAAAGAGAACCAAGGAGCACUUUGGCACUGCCCCGUGAUGGUGCUGAAAGUAUUGGACCGGAUGAGGAUAUCCCAUGGUACCAUGCCGCUGAGGUUGCUGAUUAUGCUCGUAUUAUGAAAGCAGGCGAAGACUACAUGGUCGGCCAAUAUGACAGUGAAAUAGAGGACCUCCGCCGCCAAGAAGCAGAAGAUGAGGUCCUGUUUGGUGACGAGACAACAUGGACCCAAAAAGCGAUUGCAGCCAUCAAUGACGCUAAAACAAAGGUGAAGGGAAUUGGUAACCCGCCAGACAUCUCGCAGCAGCCUACAGCGAUCAACAUACCAAAAGGUCCGAUUCUUGAUCAGUCACAGCACGGUCUUAAAUCUGGACAGGUUCUCUCUGUUCUCUCUGCUGAGGCGGUACAACCAGACACCGGCUCAGAUGUGGCAACUUCCAUGCCAGGCCUACAUAGUGAAACGGAUCGUGUGACAGAGGCGUUAAAUCGCGUUAACAUUGACGCUGUACCUGUGGCGAAAGCCAAACAGAGAGAUCCUGGCACAAGCCGGGUCUCAGUGUCGUCUGAGCAGACCCGGGUAACAAAUGGUCCUCAUCCAUCAGAUCACCCAUUCUACUUUUAUCAAGCGCUACCCCAUUUUUACCUCUCGCCUCUUGACAUCCGUAUUUUAAAGACUGCAUUUGGCGAUUAUUCAUCAUUCCCCGCGACUAUCCUUCCUCGCGUUGAACACAUAUCUACUGGUCAUAUUGUGGACGAUGAGCUCAGAAAGCGGGUUAAAUAUCUCGGUCAUCUCCCACAAGGGUGUGAAGUAAGUUUUCUCGAAUGUGACUGGCGGGAUGUGGUUGGGCCAGAGAUAUUAGAGCGCUUUGCUGCUGAAACAGCGAGGAGAAGAAAGAGAAAUAGGGAGAAAGAGGCUCGCGAAGAAAAAGAUCGGGUUCGGGCUGAGAAGGAGGAUGAGAAACAUUGGGCUGCAGCUCGUCGUAAUAGGAGGUCAAGCAUUGGUGUUACUGAUCCUCUGUUCUUUGAUCAUGAUUUUCAACCGUUAACGAGCGGUGCUUCAGGCUCUGGCCCCUCAAAUUUUUGUUCUUCUACAUCGCCUCCCGAAUUCUCACAUCCUGGUGCUGCCAAUUCGUCAUCAAGCAGUCCUCCAGGCGCUCGCACCGUAUGGGGCACAGCCGCCGUCCCAAUGCUCGCCCAGCAACCAGAUUUACCUCUAGGGGCUGCGUCUCAGGAUGGUUGGCUUGAGGGGUGGGAGGAGGAGUUAUUGGCCCAACAAGAGCACGAAUUCCUGGCUCAAGCCGCUACAAAUGAAAACACCCCUUCCUCUUCCAGUGGCGGAAGGAAGAAAAAGAACAAAAAGAUCACACUCAUGUCGACUAACAUCCAGAGAGGCGCCUGAAAGGGGAAACUAAUGGCUGGCUCUUCCAUCUUGUAUUUCAUGCCGUUUAUCCCUUCUUCACAUCCUCUCCUUCUUCCUGCCCAUUCACACUUUCGCCUGUUGUUUUAGGUUUUGGACGUGUUAUGUUUUGUCUACAGGACUGUUGCCAGGAAGCAAUAAAUAGGUGUCUAAUGGUCGGUUUUAUAUGUGAAAGGUAUACAUAUCGAUUAUUGAACUAGAAUCCUUGAUAUUUUUUUUAUCAUUGCUUAUGUUUUCUCUUAUUCUUUUUCGCCUUUUUUUUUUUUUUU